GGCGGAAGCGAACUGCCAGCCUGGAAAGUCGCUUGGCACAGCUACGCGAUGAGUGCGCGAGGAAAGAGUCACAGCUAGCAGAACAGGCAUCGAAGAUGGCCCUACUGAAAAACGACUUUUCGAGGAGAGUGUCCGAGCUCACAUCGCAGAGGAAAAUAUCAGAGCUCGCUAUCAUAUCGAAGCAGCUAGCGGAAGCAUCUACACCUC